UCCGUUCACGCCGUUGUCCUGGCAAUGGCGUCGAUGUCAGCGUUAGCGUCGGCGUCGACGUCGUCGUUGUGUGUUGGCUCUCGCGAGUCUUCUGGCGGCGUUGCUAAGCUAGUGGGGCUGUUCGGUUUAAGUUUGGUUGCUUGGUUGCCAUUGCGUCAGCGUCGCUGCUGCUGACGCUGACGUUGGCGAUGCCGCGUCGUCGUCGCUGGCGUCGUUUCGUUUUUGCAGUUCGCUUCUUGGCAGUUGCCCGUUUGCUGUUUACCGUUUGGUCAGCGCUCGUUUCUCGCGUUUUUCGCGUUUUUAUUUUCGCGUUCCUCGUUAUUGUCAUCGUCGUUGUUGUUGUUGUUAUUGUUGCUGUUGUCUUUCUCGCCAAUAAUGUUUUCAAUUGCACAAAACGCUGUUCAAUUUAUGAUGAUAUGAUAUAAGUGCGUACGAAUACCAAUUGUUCAACGGCAAAUCUAACCAGAACAAGCACGAAAACAACAAAUAUAUAAACGUAUUGUCAAACACAUUGCAACAACAACAACACGAGCAAAAACAAGUGCAAGUGCAAUAAGAAAUGUGCUAAAAAUAUUAGAUAAUUAUGUGAGAGAGGAGUUGAAGAGGCAGCUAGCUAUAUAGAGUCGUCGUCAUGCCCGGUGCUAGAAAAUGCAGCGAGACUAGGCAAAGUGUGCGCCAAAGACCAGAUACGCUCGAGCUGGAGGUACUGAGCGUAGAUUUAAGGACGCAACAGCAGGAGCAGGAGCAUGAGCACGAGCAGCAGCAGGAGCCCGAACAGGAGCGGAAACAACAGGAGCCGGAACAUUGGCCAGCUUCUGUUGCGCAGCAGACGGCAGCAACGACACGUCGCAGUCGCUGGUUUAAUUUUGCAAGUAAAUCGCGACGGCGACGACUGCUGCGAUGUGAGGAGGAGCAAAUGCAGCUGGCGGUAGAGCAGGAGCAGGAAGUCGAGCAGCAGCAGGUGCGCCUGGCCCAGCCAGAGACCAUGAACAUUGGCAAUUCAACGCUGACAAUCGCCUCGCCCGCGGCCAUACACACAAAGCCAGCACUGACAUCGACAACCACUGCGUCAAGCCACCUGACCGAUAGCUUUUACAGUUUGGCCAAUGCAGAUGCUGGGGAUCCCCCCAAGGCUGCCAUUGAUGUGGAGCAACAGUACAAGGAACAGCCGCCGUCCAAGCCGCGUCUCUCCAUGCUGCAGCGGUUCUCCAGCUGGCGGCGCAGUGCACCCGAAAGCCUGCCCAGCCGUCGCCACAGUCGCCUCCAAAGCGGAGAGCUCGAUUCGCAGCCUCCACUCUCGGCCUCGGCGUCGGUGUCGGCUCGCAAUCUGCGACGCCUAUCGCAGCUGCGACGUCGACGUAGCUCGUACUACUUCUCGGAUAAUGAACGCAGAAUCCGUGCUAACGACAAAGAUUUCAAUUCUCAGUUUAAAUAUCACAACAACUACAUUAAGACGUCAAAGUACACCCUGUUGACGUUUCUGCCGUUCAACCUGUUGGAGCAGUUUCAGCGCUUGGCGAACUUCUAUUUCCUCUGCCUGCUGGUGCUCCAGUUGAUUCCGGCGAUAUCCUCGCUAACUCCGGUGACGACAGCGAUACCCUUGAUUGGGGUGCUGACGCUAACGGCCGUAAAGGAUGCCUACGACGAUAUCCAACGACAUCUGUCCGACUCGCAGGUGAACAAUCGCAAGUCGAAGACUCUGCGCAAUGGCAAGUUAGUGGAGGCCAAGUGGUCUGAUGUCCAGGUGGGCGAUGUGAUUCGUCUGGACAACAAUCAAUUUGUGGCCGCCGAUAUAAUGCUAUUGACGACAUCGGAGCCGAAUGGACUCUGCUUCAUUGAAACGGCCGAGCUGGACGGUGAGACGAACCUGAAGGCCAAACAAUGCCUAAUCGAGACAACGGAGCUGGGCGAACAGCACGACCUACUGUGGAGCUUCAACGGCGAGAUCAUCUGUGAGCGACCCAACAACCUAUUGAACAAAUUCGAGGGCACACUCAUGUGGAAGAAUCAGCGUUUCGCUCUUGACAACGAUAAGAUUCUGCUGCGCGGCUGUGUUCUGCGCAACACGCAAUGGUGCUACGGCGUCGUUGUCUUUGCCGGCGUCGAUACCAAACUAAUGCAGAACUCUGGCAAGACGCAGUUCAAAAGCACAGGAGUCGAUCGCCUGCUGAACUUCAUCAUCAUUGGGAUUGUGCUGUUUCUGGUCUCGAUUUGUGCGUUGUUUGCGCUUGGCUGCGCCAUCUGGGAGGGUCUGAUCGGUCAGCAUUUUCAGCUAUAUCUGCCCUGGGAGCACAUCAUACCGCAAGAAAUGGUCGCUUCCGGUGCAACGGUCAUUGGGCUGCUCGUUUUCUUCUCGUACGCCAUAGUCUUAAACACAGUUGUGCCAAUUUCACUCUAUGUUUCAGUAGAGGUCAUACGCUUUGCUCAGUCGUUCCUCAUCAAUUGGGACGAGGAGAUGUAUUAUGCACGCACCCAAACAUAUGCCAAAGCACGCACCACCACGCUCAACGAGGAGCUGGGCCAGAUACAGUACAUCUUCUCGGACAAGACGGGCACCCUCACGCAGAACAUAAUGACAUUUAACAAGUGCAGCAUUAAUGGACGCACCUAUGGAGAUGUCAUUGACCUGCGCACCGGCGAGCUCAUUGAAAUAACUGAGCAGCAAACACUUUUCCAAACUUGCAACAGCAGCCACAGCUAUAAGAGCAACAGCAACAGUAACAGCAACAGCAACAGCAACAGCAAAAGCAGCAGCGGCGCCAACAAGCGCACUAGCAGCAGCGCUUCAACGGCAGCGACGCCCACGGCACCGCCCACAAUACUGGUGCACACAGCCGAGGUGCAUGCAAAGAAGAGCGCACUUCUAGUCACUCAAGACGGUGGCACCCAGUUGGCCCACAGUCCGGAGCAACUGUGCGGCCGCAUUGCCAGCGAGCAGGCAACGCCUACGAUUAGCACAGUGGAGAAUCCGCUGGCACGGAAGCAGGUGCAUUACCUGUCGCCCAGCAGAAGCGUGGCCAAUGAGGACGAUGUGGACGAUCCCGGCGGGAGCAAGCGUUCCGACAAUCGCAGUCCCAGUGACAGUCCCAGCGCCAACAGCGGCUUGGGCGCCUGCUUUACGCGCAGCGGGCAGCGCAUGCGCCGUCAGCUAUCCGGCGGGCUCUCUACGAGCUGCACCAGCGGCAGCGGCAGCGUCAGCGGCGACAAAGUAAUAAUCUUGCAUGACAGUCAACCAGAACACAAGCACCAACAACAGCAACAACAACAAGAACAAGAACAAGAACAACACGAACCACAAACUAACCGCAAGCUGGUCAAAUUCAAUUUAAAGCCAUCUUCAUCAUUUGCCACUGAAUGCGAGUCAGCAGCUAUUGACAGCGACAGCGGUUGCUGUGCUCCAUUUCGACCGCACCAACACAGCUAUAGAAAAAGCGAGAGAGGCAGCAGCAGCAACAGCAACAACAGCAGCAGUAGCAACUGCACCACCAACACCACAUGCACCACCACUAACGCACACCACCGUUAUCUAAGCACCCACCGCUUCGCCACUAAUUGGAGUUCGUCCCACCAAAAAGUGCACGCACUCGAACCGGUUGACUUUUCGGCCAAUCCGCACCACGAGAUCGAUUUUCGCUGGUACGAUCGUACUUUGCUGGACGCGGUGCGGUCCGAUGAAGAGCAUUCGCAGAACUUUUUCCGCCUGCUCGCUCUGUGCCACACGGUCAUGGCGGAGACCGUAGACGGACACCUGGAGUACCAGGCGCAGAGUCCCGACGAGGCGGCCCUCGUCUCGGCCGCGCGCAACUUUGGCUUCGUGUUUCGCACACGCACACCGAACAGUAUUACCAUCGAAGUAAUGGGUCGCCUGGAGGAAUACGAACUGCUGCACAUACUCGACUUUAACAAUGUGCGCAAGCGCAUGUCCGUCAUCUUGCGACGAGGCAACCAAGUGGUGCUUUAUUGCAAGGGCGCCGACAACGUGAUAUACGAUCGCUUGCAUGGCGGACAAGAGGAUCUCAAGGCUCGCACCCAGGAUCAUCUGAAUAAAUUCGCGGGCGAGGGGCUGCGCACUCUGGUACUGGCGGAACGUCGCCUGUCGGAGCAGUACUACAACGACUGGCGAACGCGGCAGCAGGAGGCGGCACUGUCCAUGGAUUCGCGUGAAUCAAAGCUGAACGCCAUGUACGAGGAGGUUGAGAGCGGUAUGCAGCUGCUGGGAGUGACAGCCAUCGAGGAUAAGCUGCAAGACGGCGUACCCAAGUCAAUAGCGAACCUACAGAAUGCAGGCAUCAAGAUCUGGGUGCUCACUGGAGACAAGCAAGAAACGGCUAUAAACAUUGGCUAUUCCUGCCAGCUGCUCACAGACGAGCUCGUGGAUGUAUUUAUCGUGGAUGGCAGCUCCGUUGAGGAGGUGGAAAAGCAGCUGCGUCAGUUCAAGGAAUCUAUCAAGAUAUUUGAUCGCUUUCGACCAGGCGGUACCGAGGCACGGAAUCAUUUCAACAGUGACAGCAGCAUGGAUCCAAUGAGCGUUGCUAUGACGCAGACAUCGGCUUUUAUGCAGGAUGCUAACGGUUCGACCAUACCACCGCCGCCGCCAGCCAUAUCGGUGGUUACCUUUAGGUGGGAUGCCAAAAUUAAGGAUAAUAAGGGCGGACCAGACAGCGCCGAGUGCAAUGAUAUUUUUGGCGAUCCUGAGAAAAACAUGGACGGAAGACGCUCUGCACCCUCGGUAAUUGUGGACGAGAACACCGGCUUCGCCCUAGUGGUCAAUGGCCAUUCGCUUGUUCAUUGUCUGUCACCGGAACUGGAGAGCAAAUUCUUGGACAUUGCCUCACAGUGUAAGGCGGUGAUUUGCUGCCGAGUGACACCACUACAAAAGGCGCUGGUCGUCGAACUCAUCAAGCGUGCCAAAAAUGCUGUCACCCUGGCCAUUGGCGAUGGUGCCAACGAUGUCUCUAUGAUCAAGGCUGCACACAUCGGCGUUGGCAUCUCAGGCCAGGAGGGACUCCAAGCGGUCCUAUCCAGUGACUAUGCCAUUGCCCAGUUCUGCCAUUUGGAGCGACUGUUGCUGGUGCAUGGACGUUGGUCAUAUUAUCGCAUGUGCAAGUUUCUGCGCUACUUUUUCUACAAGAACUUUGCAUUUACGCUGUGCCACUGCUGGUAUUCCCUCUUCUGUGGCUUCAGUGCACAGACCGUGUUCGAUCCCAUGUUCAUAUCGGUGUACAAUUUGUUUUAUACAUCACUGCCGGUGCUGGCACUGGGCGUCUUUGAGCAGGACGUAUCCGAUAAGAAUAGCGUGGAGUACCCACGACUAUAUACGCCGGGCCUCAAAAGUGAGCUGUUCAACAUACGUGAGUUCAUCUACAGUGUGCUGCAUGGCGCCUUCACCUCGCUCAUCCUGUUCCUCAUACCGUACGGCGUUUAUAAGGACGGCGUCUCGCACAAUGGAUUCAUAUUGAGCGAUCACAUGACGCUCGGCGCUGUCGUGGCCACCAUACUGAUUGUGGAUAAUACGGCGCAGAUUGCGCUCUACACCUCGUACUGGACAAUAGUCAAUCAUGUAACCAUCUGGGGCAGUCUCAUUUGGUAUUUUGUGCUCGACUAUUUCUACAACUAUGUAAUUGGUGGACCCUAUGUGGGCUCCUUGACGCAGGCCAUCAAGGAUCUAACCUUUUGGAUGACCAUGCUAAUCACAGUCGUCAUGCUGAUGGCACCAGUGCUCGCUUACAAAUUCUACUUGCUCGACGUCCAUCCCAGUCUCUCCGACAAGAUUCGGCAAAAAUCACUUAAGAAGGUUCAUUCGCGAGUAUCCAGCGAUGUGCGGCGCACGCCCUCCUCGCGUCGUGGACGUCGGUCCGUACGCUCGGGCUACGCCUUUGCGCAUCAGGAGGGCUUUGGCCGGCUGAUCACUUCGGGCAAGAUCAUGCACAAGAUGCCACAGGACUUUGCCUUUCCGCUGGGCUUGGGCACCAAGAAGUCGCAGACGCUGCACAACAGCGUUGCCGCGUCAGUCGACGGCAUGAACAACAAGCAGUCGAACCACGCGAACAACAGCGGCGGCAGCAAAAGCAAUGACAACAACAACACAAAUCUACGCCACAAUCAAAAUAAUCAGAUACAUUCAUCGAUGGCGGACAUUAGGCACGACGGACGAGCCAGUGGCGAUACGUAUCAAGGCAGCGCCAGCACCGACGAGCUAAGUCCACGUGCGCCCUGCCAAGAUCUGGACACUAUUAAUCUCUAAAGCUAAGCAACGACAGCAAAUAAAACACCAAAAAUUAGGGCAACCUUAACGAUUUUAAGCAAAAAACAAAAACAAAAACAAAAACAAAAACAAAAACAAGAUAAAAGAAAAUCAAAAAACGAAAACUACAAAGUUUAAGCUUUAGCAACUAUAUAGUUUAAAAAUGUGCGUCUGUCUCUCUGUGUGUGUUUGCGUGUCUGUCCGUUUUGUACAUGAAACAUAAUGUAAUGAACUUCGAUUUCCCAUAUUUAAGCACUCUAUUUAUUUCCACAAAACAUUCAACGACCCAACACUUGAGCUAAGCUAUCAAAGUGAUUUUUUUCUUUUAAAGAUAUAGUAUAACAAUUGUUAGAGUAU